UGCUUAGUGUGGCUGGGCGGGCGUGCUGAGGGGGCGGAGCAAUCCUCGGGGUUUUAAGUUCCCACUCUGGCGGCUCAGAGCACCCUCCUUCCUCUCUGAGCACGAAAAACCAGCGCCAUGUCCAUGACUUUGGGCUACUGGGACAUCCGCGGGCUGGCCCAUGCCAUCCGCCUGCUCCUGGAAUACACAGGCACCAAGUACGAGGAGAAGAGAUACACGAUAGGAGAUGCUCCCAACUAUGACAGAAGCCAGUGGCUGAAUGAAAAGUUCAAGCUGGGCCUGGACUUCCCCAAUCUGCCCUACCUGAUUGAUGGGUCUCGCAGGCUGACACAGAGCAACGCCAUCCUGCGCUACAUUGCCCGCAAGCACAACCUGUGUGGGGAGACAGAAGAGGAGAGGAUUCGCAUGGACAUUUUGGAGAAUCAGGCUAUGGACACCCUUUUACAAAUGGCGAGGGUCUGCUAUAACCCUGACUUUGAGAAACUGAAGCCUGAUUACUUGAAAGGACUUCCUGAAAUCUUGAAGCAGUACUCAGACUUCUUGGGGAAGAGACCCUGGUUUGCAGGGGCCAAGCUCAGUUAUGUGGAUUUUGUGGCUUAUGCCAUUCUUGACAUGCUCCGAGUGUUUGAGCCCAAGUGUCUGGAUGCCUUCUCAAACCUGAAGGACUUCAUGGCCCGCUUUGAGGGUCUGGAGAAGAUCGCUGCCUACAUGAAGUCCAGCCGCUUUCUUCCUCGUCCUCUGUUUCUCAAAAUGGCCACAUGGACAGGCAAAUAGAUGCUGGAGACAGGAGACAGAGCAAGGAGUCAGAUGGGGAUCUGGAGAAUAUUUAGACAUGUCCCUUUUGCCAUAUGUCCCUUUUGCUGUUUUGCUAUAUUUUUAUUUUUUUCACUACCUCUCCUAGUGGGGAGGUAUAUGUGCUCGCUUUUAGCUCAACUUCAUGCCCUUCUGUCUCUUAGCAAGGGGGUUUUUAAGAAUGGUGAGUUUCUCUGUGCUUAAGUCCUUUGGCUUUAGUAUGUGUGGACUCUCUCCUGUCAACCACAGUGCUUGUACCAUAGAUAGGGGUGGGGAGUGGGAGAAUCAUGGCUAGUGGUGUGGGGUGAGGCAAUCACUGCUAGUGUGGUAUCCCUCCACCUAAUUUCCAGAAGCUUCCUCUGCUUUUGAUGUCCAUCCCUGUGUUCUUACCACAUAUCUCAAUAAAACCCAUUCUGCUCUAUUGUA